GAAAAACUUUCGGGAGGCAUCGACGUAUGGUCGACAUGAUACUUUUACGUUUUCGGAAGCUUUUCGGGCCUUACUCGGAAAAAGGGGGGCUACCCAGCUAUAAACAUAAAAACGAAAAAUAAGGGAAAAAAUUUAUACCUGUUUCCGUCUUUUUUCUCUUUAAAAAUAUCAGUCAAAACUAAAUGCGAUGCGUCCAGGAAGAAUGAAAAGGAGAAAUAUAACUAAGGCUGUAGACUGCUUGUAAAAGAGGCGGAUAAUUAAGGAUUUUUUAUUUUUUUUAUUUCGUAAAAAUGACGAGCACUUUUACAACGGAGUCAUGGAAUACCUUGUCUCCUUUGACACUAGAAGAUAUUUGUCUGGAUUUUAUCUGUAAAAACAUCGAAAAUUUAACGUUUGAAGUACAAGAACCUGUUGGGAACUUCAACAAGUUGGCUUUCAAGGUCCCUGUGUUUUUACAUGAACGACUAGCUGAAGCAAUUGUCAGACAGUURGCAAGCACCAACAGACUGACUUUGAAGGUUUUGACACUAUUUUUAGACAAAACGACUUGCAGAUUGAAAAGGGCUUGUAUUCAGGACUCAAAUAUCCGAGAAAUUGGUCUCAGGCUACUGUUGAUGCAUCAUACAAUCACUGAUUUAGAUUUAAGGCGGACCGAAAUCACCUUUUCUCUAAAUGUCAUAAGCUCUCUUGAAGGAUAUGAAUGUACUUCCUUUUUGAAGAGACUAAACAUCAGCAGCGCAAAGAAUGGGUUAGAAUCCUCUGCUGUCUGCUCAUUCAAGAAUUUAAUAUUCCUAGACAUCAGUAAAAACAGCAUCACUGAUGCUGACUUAAAGGUGAUUUGUGAUUCCUUGAAAAAGUUGGAAGAGCUUAAUAUUUCCUGUAAUCCAAUUUGUGAAGUUGAAUCAUUUGGUACAGCAAGGCAAAGACUGAAAUCUCUGAAGGCAUAUAAUUGCCCUGUUGCAUGGAAUAACCCUAUAGAUUUUGCCCAGUUUAAGAAUUUAAGGCAUCUGGACAUUUCCAGGAAACCGACACGCCAUAUGUUACCCGGAGAUGAUGCAGAGAAGCUUGAGAUGUUGCUUAGCCAGAGGGAUGCUCUAAAGGACCUUGAGGUGCUAGAUAUUUCAGGGACACAGAGAGUGAUGGAUAGGCCACUAGAGGUGUUUCUCAGUGGUCAUCCAAAACUGACCUUCCUUGGGCUUUGUAAAACUGGGUCUUCAUAUGCCGACUUCUUACCCAAAGAUAUAGAGAUAACAGGGGAAGCAACAGAACAGCAGAUUCUAUCUUCAUUACAAAACUACCCUGACCGAGCAUCCUACAUGACUGAAAGCCUUAGUAGGCUUUUCCACAUCAGCAAAAACUGGACAGAGCAAAGAUUUGAAAUUUUACAGUAUGUUUUGCCUCCGAUGGAGAUGCACCCACAGGAUCUGAGAAUGCAGAUGGCAUCAACGGCAUGUAUAUUUAAUUUGACAAGGAGUGCAAAAAACCAAUAUGAUCUUCACCCAACUAUACUAGGGAAGAUUGCCAGUCUUGUACUUAAAGCAAUGUCAAGCUUCACUAACAAACAUGAGCUUAUAAGAAAUUGCCUACUGAUACUGGAUUCACCACUCAUGCUAAGAUAUGCCAAAUUUGAUUACUAUGAAGCCUGUAUGUCGGCCAUGGAUGCCCUAUGCCAGUUCAUCAACGAUCUGAACAUUGUGAGGCUGGCGACAAAGAUCUGUGCAGUACUCACUGCUAAGAUAUCUAAUUAUGAGACUAUAGCUUUAGGUACGGACAGACAUUUCAAGACACUUCUCAAUAUUGUCAAAGACAAGGUCGAAUCCCAAAGAUCUGACUACGUUCUCAGUCUGACGCUGAGCGUCCUGUGGAAUCUCACUGAUGACGCCCAAUGCACAUGUCAGCUAUUUGUUGAUGGCCAGGGAUUGAAGUUAUUCAUUCAAGUGUUAAAGGAAUUCGGGACAGAAAAUGUUAUCGUGAAAAAAGUCCUUGGGACCCUGAAUAAUGUAGCCGAGGUAGACUUUCUUCGUCCUCAUCUGUUGACAGACGAAUGUGUAGGCUUAUUAAGUGAUUUAUUGGACAGAACUGAGAUACAAGUGUGCUACUUUGCGGGUGGAAUAUUGUCAAAUAUCGCGCUGGCCUGGGAACCACACCUGUCAGUGACUCCUAAUAAAUCCCAGAUUAUUAGGAAGAUGGAAAAGGCAGUACUCAGCUGGGAGACCCCAACAGAAGAAAUGGUCGCCUACAGAUCGUUUACACCGUUCGUACCUUUGCUCAAAUCCAAUAUUACAGCUAUACGGCUAUGGGCUACCUGGGGCAUCCACCAUGUCUGCACUAAGAACCCUGCUCGCUACAUCCCGCUGCUCAUAUCUGACGGGAUCAAAGAAAUCAUAACGAAAAUAUCCCAAGAUGACAACGAAGACGUACGUCUUAAGAGUUUCUGUCAAAAGGUGUGUGAACAGGCAAAAAAGUUGUACCUUAAAGAUGUUGUGAAAGACGACACACCAACACCUAUGGAGCUUUAACUGAGACAAGUUGGACCAACUGCACUCGAAUGGGCCUCCACGAUCUUAAUAUUUAAAGUUCAUUGGCAUCAUUAGCACCCAUUUUACCCAAAAUUUUAAAAGUGGGUCUAGUAUUGUAAGUAGUUUUUGGCUAAUGGUUGCGUAAUGAGUCUGCGAAAGAUGUUGUGCUGUUCCGCAUAUACUGAUUAGGCUAUUUCCGCCAUGCUGGAGGACCAGCUUGAAUUAUGUAUUAUCAUCCAACAUGGCGACCUAUGACCAUAUGUGUAACAAUUUCGUCUCCAGCACCCAUUCUUGCCUUUAUAUUAAAAUAACGUUGAAGCAUUGACUUCUCUUAGGUAUUACUUUUGUAGUACAAAAUUUUGAAUAAUAUUUGAAGAGACUAAUGAAGGUUGUUUUGUGUUUAAUAUCAAAUCAGCUUAGCAAAUGUUGAGCUCUAACGAUUGUAAAAUUGACAUAUCGUGUUUCGUAAUGUCAUUAUUGGAAUAUAAAGCUAUUUCAUUAAAGGUUGGUAAAGGUUUUGUUCAAUACUGCAUACCGAACCCGAAUUGCACUAUGGGCUAUAUGAAUGCCAUCAGCUUCCAUAGACCAAAKUCAAAACUCGUACAUAUGUGAGGCUUAAGUUGUGAACAAAGGAAUCUGGCGUGAUUCGUGACUUUUGAAUCACGCCAGAUUACUUUGAGUCACGCCAGAUCCCUUCGUUCACAACUUAAGCCUCACAUCGGUGCGAGUUUUGAAUUUGGUCUAUGGAAUCUCACCAAAUUUUGUUUGCAGGUUUUUCGGGUAUAUUUUCUUUUGUGCGCACAUUUAAAUUGCUCCACAAUCAUUUGAAGCUUGGUAAACAACWUGUAACAAAACCUUCAUCAACCUUUUUUUUAAAUAGCAGUAUAACGUAUGCGGGUAGAUGAACCGAGGAAGGCUAACAAGAUAAUCUCGAAAGAGCGGUAUGAAUACGCUUAUUCCGUUUUUCUUUAAUACCAAUGUAUAGCAGUUUUGAGAUACUUUUAAUGAUGAAUAGCACGCAAAUUAUAAUUGCGCUCUAUGAUAAAAUUUUCCUAUUUUAGAUCUAUUUAAGAAUUUUAGCUGAAUAAAGAUUUACAGCGAAAUAACUUAGUAAGUUUUCCCGCAGGAAACAACCAAUCUGCGCGCAUUGUAUUUUCAAUAUUUUAUUUUUGACAAAGAAUGUAUUUAAUUCAUAUACUGAAGACAGUUUCUUUCGAAGCUGAAUAUCAAGAAAUAAAAUUAAAUGUUGUCCUUCA